CGGGCGCCGUCAUCGGCCCAGUACCGAGGGGGUCUAUCUGUUGGCCCGCUAUCUCGUCCGCGAGGCCGUGCCGUGCGUCACGCACACCGGCCCAUAAGAGCUGGCCGGCGGCGCUGGACACCGGCUCAGUCGCUGCGCAGAUCCGUCCGCCGCCGCUGCUGCCGUGUCCUCUUCCGCCGCCGCCAUUGUCGCCGCCGUCUCCGUCACGGAAGGCUGCCGCCCCUGUAUGAUCUCGAGCCCCGCUGCCGCUCGGCUUGCCGCCGUCCACCUGUUGCUCUUCGACUCGUGUCUCGCAUGCCACAAGAUGUCAGCCUUCCCACAAGGCAUGCACGCUGCAUACAAAGUGCGCAGCAACUUGCAGAAGUACGAGUCAAUGACCAAGGCAGAUCGACAGUCAUCAUUCAGCAGCUCUAGUACAGAUAACUCAGGCAGCGGGAACUACCCUCACAUGGGAAAUAAAUUUAUGGAAGAGUUGCCCACUAAAUAUAAUGACAAGUUGAUGAAGAGUAUCUGGGGUUUCUAUAACAGAUAUUCUGUUCACAACCUGAAGACAAUUGAGGAUGGAAAUGCCAGCAAGAGCCAGCAGUAAUUAAUGACUGCUGGCUCUGGAGGGCAAUGGGCAGGCAGCCCCCAGCUCUCUAGUAAUGGUGACACUAUGUGGUUCACACAAUGGACUUACUGUCAGGUAGCUGACACCAGAGGAGGUCCUGUCUCCACAGUUUGCAUUACUUCAGUAUAAUUUUGAGGGAAAUUAAUUAAUUUUUGUUAAACAUGAAACACAUCUGUAAUAAUGUGGAUCACUAGUCUUCCAUUAACUAUGUGUGUAGUUGUGUAGAUAAUUUCCCAAGAAAUAUAUUUUAAAGUAAUAAUAGAAGUUCCAAAUGAAAAGAUUGGAAGAAUGUGAUAUUUUACUUAUGUGUUAUAAUUUUUUAAGAAAAUAUAAUCAAUGUCAUAUAUUUAUAGGUAACAAUGUAAAAUAAUUUAUGUUAAAGAAAAUAAAAAAUAACAAUGUUGUGAUACUAUUGCAUUAAAAUGAAUGCUAAAUAAACAGUUUCUACUGAAAAUAUAACCCAGGAGACACAACUUUAGCAUUACUUUUUACCUACUUACAGACAGUGACUAUCCGAUUUAUGCAAUAACUAUGAUACUGAAAAUCUGAGAAAAGACAAAUAGUUAGCGUAUUUUUUCAUAUAUCACACCAUCAGGCAUUACGUACUGAUGGAAAGAGAAAACAAAUAUGAUACAGUGUGAAAAUAACUACAAAGAAGAGCACCUCUAAACAGGGCUCCAAUAAGGACAAGGUAUAAGAAAAUCCUAGUUACCAAAUAUCAGUAUUCUGUAUGAUUACAACUACUGCUCAUUGAAUUAUCUGCAGAGAAAAAUUCAGCCUCACUUUGCUCACGGUAUAUGUCUCUUGCAGAAAUAUCUUUUGGAGUUGCAAUGUAACCACUUUGCUGGGGAUAAAUGUUGUCAACAGAAUAUAAUUCAAAGUAAAUGUCCGCGACUGCUACGGUCGCAGGUUCGAAUCCUGCCUCGGGCAUGGAUGUGUGUGAUGUCCUUAGGUUAGUUAGGUUUAAGUAGUUCUAAGUUCUAGGGGACUAAUGACCUAUGCAGUUAAGCCCCAUAGUGCUCAGAGCCAUUUUUUAAAGUAAAUGUCUUUACAAAAUAUUAAUUUUGAAGACUGUAGCUGAAAUAUAAUAUGUUCUUGAAAUGUGUUGGGUGCAAUUCAGUUUGUUCAAAAUAAUAAAUGUUGACCACAACUUAUCAUCAUUUUGUUGCUUCACUGCAGAUGAUGUUUCCUAUAAGAGUCAUAAGUGAAAAUAGGUCAGAGAACACUAUGAUUCUCGAAAGACGUGAAAAGUUAUUAGGGCUUCUGCUCAAAAUCUUACAUCAUACUGGGCCUCCCACACACAAUUUCUUACUAGUCUUCUAUACUCUUGCUAACAAUUGAUGUAUUGUUGCUUAUACUAAAUUUGCCAAUUGCAAUUACAGAAAUUGUUGAUAAUUACAAAAAAUGUAAUCAUCUGAUGGUUACAAUUAAAAUGCAUGGAAUGUGAUACAAAGAUGAUUAUGUAUCUCUUGUGUUCAUAGUAAAAUAAUUGGAAUGAUGCAAUAAACAAUACUCAUUACAUU